GAAAAAGCCGGGUGUUGCGCAGCUCGUUGCUUCCUCAUCUUCGGAGUGGUGUCAAUUAAUUCGACGGAGAUGGACGAGCAGGAGCACCCCGGAUUAUCACAACACAGCACGGGGCGCGUUGCCGUAUUCUGAUUGCCGGCUUCUUGCAACUUCAAAUCAAGAGCACGGAGGUGCAUACAACAAGCGGAGACCACUUCAUCCUCUAACACGACACCCAUCUCAUGGGCUCGUUACGUUUACGGGCAGCGUAGGAUGAGAAUCUGCAACCAUGCAGAGGUGGUUGGCGACCCUGGCAGCACACACGAGGUCUGCCAGACCGGAGACUAUAUCGACACCCGAGUCUGGAGUCGACUGGCCCGAGGCUAGGAGUCUGAAGAUAAUCUCACUCGUCUUGUCGUCUGGCAGUCUCCUUGCCGGAUCUCUGUCGAUGUACUGGCUUGUCCGAAUGCGCCGAAGUUUUCGUCAUGACCUGAUCAUUCUGUUGAUAUCCAGUGACCUCGUCAGGUCCCUGUGGCUCGUUAUCUACUCCUGCAUCACCAUUGCGAACUCACUGUCAACGGACUCUGCAACAACAUUUUGCCAAGUCAGCGGCUUCUUCUUCGCCUUAGGCAUCGAGGCGUCCGACGCCGCCGUGUUUCUGAUCGCGCUUCAUUGGGCCGUCUACAUCUUUCGAUCGAACAGAGUGACGGGCGAAAGUAGCAUUUAUCCUUAUAGAUAUCUCGCCUUUGCCUUUUACGCUAUUUUCCCCAUGCUGAUGGCUUCGUUGGCAUUUCUCACAAGGUUCCCAGCCUACGUGGAUACGGGUCAGUACUGCUACUUGCCUAGAAAUCCAUGGUGGGGCCGCAUGUCUCUUUCCUGGAUUCCACGAUACAUCAACGUGAUCUUGAUCAUCUUCAUGUACGGUGCUUCUUACGCAUACAUACGCACAAAGAUGAGACGUUUCAGCAGACAACAUGUGCCAAUUCCCAUGAGCCGUCGAGAGAGGCAAACCCCGGACACACCGCCUCUCAUCUGCCAUGGUUUGAUCCCUUCACAACAUGAAUCCAGGCGAAUUUCCUUCAGAGUUCCUACCAAUGGGAGCUUGUACGAAGAAAGUCGACUUUUCCAGGAUGACGAGAGCACCGGGUUUCGAAAUUCACUGCGAUCAAGGCUGGAACGGCUUAGUGUGAGCUCAGCACGACCAAAGGCCUGGCCAUGGGAGGGUUUGGACUGGGAGGCUGGAGUCAGAGAGCCCACUCCUGCUUCGGGCUUGGUGUCCCCAAGGACAGUUGACCAGGAACGGGUGAUAGGAAACGGAGGCAUAGAGCACGGGCUACACCCAACAAGACCCCCGCCGUCACCGAGUGGAAAGGUCUCGAGUCUUGCAUCGCGGUCGUUCGUCCCUUUAUGCCCCAAAUUGCCCGAAUGCUAUCGUCGCCCAAUAUCCAUAGCUAUGGAAGAAGACGAAGAGCUGUCCAAAGACGAAAACCUCAACAUCGGCAGAAGCAGAAUCUUGAGAGGCGCUCAGAUGCACAUCUUUACGAUCCUGCAGCAAGGACCCAGUCAGCAAAACGAGACCGCACCGAGGCGGAACACUGUUACAGCCUCACUCGACUGUGAAAUGCUUGCAUCUGACGGAGUCUCGCGCGACAGGGACAGGAUACGCCGCCAGCUACGCCUCUUAUUCGUAUACCCGACAGUAUAUGCAUGUAUCUGGAUAUUCCCUCUCAUCAGCGAUGUGAUUGGGUUCGACAAAGAUCAUUUUCAGGGGCCUUAUUGGGUCUCAGUGGCUAGCCUUGUCUCGCUGUGCGUACAGGGAUUGGCAGAUUCGAUUGUGUUUUGCGCGCGCGAGAAGCCGUGGAGAUAUAUGCAGGGCGGCUUCUUCGAGAACAUGGGCAGCUUCAUUAAUGGCUUUAGCUUUGACUCGAGGAAUGAGAUUGGCAGGACGAGGGAGGAGAUGUUCCACGAGGGAUCGAGGGCGAGGCUGAGGAGGGAGGAGGAGAUGGAGCGGGAGCAGCGAGCCAGCAGGUUCAGUCCAGGGGGAACGUCUCAGGCAUCUGUGUCUAGAAACUGGUGGGAUGUUGAGCUGAACAGUGACGAGGUAGGAAGUCAAGAUGGCAAGGUCAAGAUUGAUGAGGGGCCAGAGCAUAACAUGCUCGGGAAACGGCGCAGCACGCAGACCAAUUAA